CGUUGUUUUGCUUGAUAGAUAUGAAACUUUUCUUCUAACUGUUUUUGUAUUUUGUCUCGUAAUUCAUUUUCAAUUUGCUUUCGGAAACGUUCCAGAAUGGUUUCGCCAAUUUCUGAUAAAGUAUUUGGGAGUUACAACUAAACGGAAUAAGUAAAUUUAAUAUUUCUUAUACAUUUUUUUUACCUAGUAUACUGUCAUGCACAUUUGCUUUGACAAUCUCAUUGUGCAUGAGUGACGCUAGUUUUUUGUCGUCAAUUUGAAUUGUAAAGCAGGGUGGUGGUGAUUUCUCCGGUGCUAUUAAAUCUAAUACUUUCUUCGUAUUACCGUGGCAAUUUUGGAAAAAUGCUUGUGCUAAAGAUGAACCUAAAUGAACAUGAAUUUCUAACGAAGAAUUUAACCUGCAUAACACAGUAGUUGAUUGAUAAAUGAUCGAGUAAAGAAACAAAAGAGGAAGUGAAUAUGUAAAAACAAUUAAUAUGUCACGACGAUGCAUAUUUUAUAAAUAAAUUGCUGUACACAGUUUACGAUCAUAUUGCGUGUAUGUUCGUGUGAAACUAGUCUAAGCAAUUUAAGUACCGUAGGUACCUACAUAGAAACCACUAUAACCUCUAUGUUUGUUUAUCAAUUCUAUGACUAACUAAUGGUGUCGCUACUUAUGAUAACUUCAGAGGUUAACCCACGAGGUUCAAUUUUCUUAACUGCAACAUUUUAGAAUAUGAAAAUUAAUAAAAUUGUUUUAAAAAAUGAUUACGCUAAGACACAUUACUAUAGAUCAGUUAAAACUGCGUAAUAAUGUAUGGAUAUCAUCGUUUCUAAGACAGUUAAAUCCCAAGAUGACAAUUUAUUCGAAUGUGAGAAAAUACAGUAAGAAAAGGCAGAAUAUAUCUUCAUUAGUGCAUCCUGCUCCUGUUAAGUAUGAGACUAUCCUGAGAAAAGCUUUGACUGCUUUUCGGACUUUUUGUAUGACAUCGAAAACAUUACCUACAGAUCUUCAUGUUAUAUUGAACGAUAUUAUUAAAAGCAAUGGAAAUGUUACUGAUAUAUUUCCUUACUUUUUACGUUAUACCAAACAGUUAUACCCACAUAUUGAUUGCAUGGAUGAUCUUAAGAAAAUCAGUGAUCUUCGAAAUCCCACCAGUUGGUAUCCCAUAGCAAGGUCAAAAAAGAGAAAAAUAAUAUUUCAUUCUGGACCUACGAAUAGUGGUAAAACUUAUCAUGCAUUACAAAGGUUUAUGUCUGCAAAGUCUGGUGUUUACUGUGGACCACUGAAACUAUUAGCUGUUGAAAUUUUUACUAAAUGUAAUUCUAUGGGCACACCGUGUGACUUAAUAACAGGAGAAGAGAGAAAAUAUGCCAAAAAUGAAAUGUCUCCUGCCAGUCAUGUAUCAUGUUCUGUAGAAAUGGUGAAUGUAGAAAACAUAUUUGAAGUAGCUGUAAUUGAUGAAAUUCAAAUGUUACGUGACACAAGUAGAGGUUGGGCAUGGACAAGAGCACUCCUGGGUAUCGCUGCAGAUGAAAUACAUUUAUGCGGUGAACAAGCUGCUAUACCUAUUGUACAGUCUAUAUGUAAAACAAUGGGAGAAACUGUAAUAGUACAUGAUUAUAAAAGAUUAACUGAUCUUAAAAUAGAGGAUACUGCGCUCCGAAAUCUUAACAACGUGAAACCGGGAGAUUGUAUAGUUUGUUUUAACAAAAACGACAUAUUUCAUGUAUCGCAGAUUCUUGAAAAAUUGGAAAAGCAAGUAGCAGUAAUAUAUGGUAGUCUGCCACCAGGUACAAAACUUGCGCAGGCUUCUAAAUUUAAUGAUCCAGAAAAUGAAUGUAAAAUUCUAGUCGCUACUAAUGCAAUAGGAAUGGGCCUUAAUUUGCAUAUUCGUAGAAUUAUAUUUUAUUCUCUUCAGCGGCCAACUACAAACGAAAACGGUACUAAAGAAAUGGAUAUUAUUUCUGUAUCAUCUGCUCUACAAAUAGCGGGGCGUGCAGGUCGUUAUAAAUCAAAUUGGUCAUGUGGUUAUGUUACAACUUUUAAAGACGAAGAUCUUUCAGUGUUAAAGAAAUUGUUGGAAGGAAAUCCAGAUAUAAUAACACACGUGGGGUUGCAUCCGACCGCUGAACAAAUUGAAUUAUAUGCCUACCAUUUGCCGAAUACACCACUCUCGAAUCUUAUUGAUAUUUUCGUUGCGUUAAGUGAAGUUGAUGAUUCCCUUUAUUUUAUCUGUAAUUUAGAUGAUUUUAAAUUUUUGUCUAAUAUGAUAGACCAUAUUCCUUUAAACCUUCGUGCAAAAUAUACAUUUUGUUGUGCACCCAUUAAUAAGAAAAUGACAUUUGCAUGCAACAUGUUCAUAAAGUAUGCACGACAGUGUAGUAAAAAUGAAAAAAUAACUGUUCAGUGGAUGCGCCAACAAAUUAAUUGGCCUCUAGAUGUGCCAAAAAAUAUUGCUGAUCUCAUACACUUGGAAACAGUAUUUGAUGUGUUGGACAUUUAUCUUUGGCUCAGCUACCGAUUUACUGAUUUAUUUCCGGAUGGAAAUGACAUUAGAGAGAUACAACAAGAAUUAGACAAAAUCAUUGAGAUGGGAAUAAAAAAAUUGAAAAUAUUGUUCCGGAAUAAAGCGUAUAAAAGCCCAUUUUUGAUAAUCGAAGAUCCUAUAGAAGAUACUGAACAUCAUCAAAUUGGCUCUGGUAGAUUAACAAACAAGCUACUAUCGCAAGGACUUUUAACAUAG